AAAAUCAGGGCAAGUGUCAGCGCAUGCGCAGUGAUGUAGCGGUUUAGGUCGCAUCUCACCGUAAAGACGGUAAAGACGACCAAAGUUCGGUAAAGCGUUACUCCUGCAGCUACCAGCUGACAAGAAGGUUGUGUGGAAAGUGUUACACGGAGCGCAAGGUUGAGGUCGGCCGGCUCAUCAAGUGUUUGUGAGCGUGGAAUGCUGUUCCGCAGUGUGGACAGUAUGUUCCGACAGCGCAGGAUAUCCGUCCCUAAGAGGACAAGUGAACUGGUGGCUUUGAUGGCAAUCUCGACCACAUUGUUCCUGUUCAUCCACACACGGGAGCUGCACACAAAGCUCAAGGCGAUGGAAGUGAAGUUGCAGCCAGAAGAUAUGCUCUCAGGGGACAGCGCGGCUGGAGGCGAAAAUUCUGUCAGCGCCAUGGUCAGAAUGCUGACGGAAAGCGGUGAGCUGGAGUCAUUGGACGCGCGGGAGCUGAACAACACUCGACACGCGGGUAUCGAAGUCGUGUUCUUCAACCGGGUGCCCAAGGUGGGCAGCCAGACCUUCAUGGAGCUCUUGAGGAGACUAUCCAUGAAGAAUAUAUUCGGUUUCCAUCGUGAUCACAUCCAGAGAGUCGAGACUAUUCGCCUGGCGCCUAGCGACCAGCUGAACCUCGCGACCCACGUCAUCAGCUACAAACCGCCUGCCGUGUAUGUUAAACACGUGUGUUUCACCAACUUCACACAGUACGGAUUGCCAGAGCCUAUUUACGUAAAUCUGGUACGUGACCCUGUCGAGAGGGUCAUAUCCUGGUACUACUAUGUUCGGGCGCCCUGGUACUACGUGGAACGGAAACAGGCCUUCCCAGAUAUCCCACUGCCAGACCCUUACUGGCUGAAGAAGGACUUCGAGACGUGUGUGCUACAAGGGGACCGCGAGUGCAGAUAUUUGGAAGGGGAGUCACACGAGGGAAUCGGAGAUCAUCGCCGACAGUCCCUUUUCUUCUGCGGCCACAGUGAAUUUUGCACGCCUUUCAACACGUUGGGUGCCCUUCAGAGGGCCAAAAAAGCCGUAGAGCGCCAUUAUGCCGUGGUCGGAGUGUUAGAGGACCUCAACUCUACCCUUACUGUGCUUGAAAACUACAUUCCUCUCUUCUUCAAAGGAGCCACACAAGUUUACUGGGACGAGGUAGAUCGGUUCACAAGAAUCAACAGGAAUCUGUUCAAGCCACCGGUAAGCGAAGAAGUGAAAGACAUUGUAAGGCAAAACUUCACACGGGAAGUGGAGUUCUAUCAGUUCUGUCGGCAGCGCCUCCACCGGCAACUCUUGGCAUUACGACUGCCAGCUACACACACCGGGGAAUGAGUUCUGUCUGUAGUAGCACAGAGUAAAGUACUUUCUUCCUAGGUGGCAGCAUCGCCGGUUGGAGAUACGAAACAAGAUCGGGGCAAAUUGACUUUACUUCGUGGAAGCAAUGUUAUUACACCAAUCUUCACGUCGCAUCAGAGUUUGUUUUCUGGUAAACAUGACUAAAAUACUAUGUACUCGUAAGCAAGCCCAAAUAAGAGUUACAGUAUCUUGCCCUGCAAUUAACCUCAACAAUAAUCUUGAACAUGUUGACUUCGUCUCCAAUUAUGCUAUAAUAAGAAAAGAUGCACAAACACUCUUUUGACGUAAAGACUUAAUGGCCAACAAAGCCCACAAAGAUGAGCAUCGGAUCUACUAAACCCUAUCAUUAAAUGUUUUAAACGGAAGGGCUUUUGUGCAUUAUUCAAACAAACAAACAAACAAAAAAUAGGCCCAAGGACUUAAAGCCAAUUUUCCAGCAAUAUUCAUAACACGUUCUUAAUAUUAAUGUAGAAAGGAUAGUGCAAGCAUGAAGAAUAUUUGACUUCAACACUUCUGCUUCUUACCUUGGGCACAGAACUCUCCUGGUAGUACAUGUUUACUAAACAGCCUGGCAGGUUCCCUGUACUCCUUGCCAUAAAAGCACCAGAAUAUACAAAUGAAGUCUUACAUGGUGAAAAUAUGUCAAUUCAAGCACUAAAAAUCCAUUCCCAUGGAUAUAUAUUAAAACUGCAACAAAUGCUAUAAAUAUGUGGAUUCACAUUAUUAUCCAGCUACUGUUGAUUUAUAAAUCAACACUAAAUUGAUUACACCUUUCUGGAGCUACAACCUUUACUGUUCUAAAAUAGUAUAUGAUUAGUGCGGUCAUAGACCCUCAACAGCUGCAUAAUUUGAUAACAGAAGUCAACAGACAAAUUCAUGUUCCACUUCCAUGACAAUUCAUUAGAGAUGUUGUAAGAAUUACAAGUCUAUUUUCAUAUAAUUUAUUGUAACACAGUAAUGAAGCAUAUUACAAUGCUUCUGAAUAAUAUAUGAAUUUUCACCCAAGUGCAUCAUCAAAUAAUGUCAAGUCUCCAUAAUACAUAUAUCAAUACACAAUUACAGAUUGUAUCUGUAAGCUAUGGCUGCAUGUCUCAGUGCUGAAUAUGUGAUUUUUACGAUUAGGAGAGAGUAUUUCACAGUAUUAUUCAAAUAAUAUAGGUGUGUGUAGCUGAAAACUUCAAACUGCAGAUUUAAACUUAUCUGUAUGUGAUACUGAGAUGGAAAUCUUGAAGAAGAGGAGGGAGAAAGAAUACUGAACAUAUAAAAAGCAACAUACCUCCAUCCCUACUCACUUUUUAUGGCCCAGAUAGCAUCAUACACUUCUUACACGAAAUGUUUCUUGUGAUAUGUGUGUGGGAAGAGCAAAUUAAUUUCUUGGUCUUCAUUUAUGACUAUGUGAAUGUUUCUUGCAUCUUGCCAGUCUGCCUCUGUCUGUUUCCAUAUGACACAAUGCAACCAUUACAUAAGUAGCGAGUCACCAGGUGGUACAACAAUUCCAACAUUGUUCAGGAUAAACAUAUUGAAUUCAAUAUGUGAAACCAAAGAAUGAAAACUUUACUUUCUUUUUCAAGAAUUUUGUAAUUUAAAGAAUAUACUGCUCUUUAUAUUUUGUUCCCAUUUCCAAGUUUGGUCUUCCACUGGCCAUUUGUCCUGUGCAGUUAUAACUCCGCACUAUAUUCAGUCAUCAUUCUAUUUUCAGCUUACAGAUCCCAAGAGUAUCAUGCAUUCCAGUAUUUACUUUUUUGUUCAACUGUAUUUAUCCAGCUAAGGGCCUUAAAUUUCUGUUUCCUUCCUUUUACUUAAAUUUUUGUUUAUCAUCCCAUAUUUAUCUCACACUCCCAUACUUUACCAUUGGUUCAUUAACACUGUGUACAAUUUCAAACACAUUUUCUUAGUCACAGAAAUAAUUUAAUUAAUCUGUAAAUUAUUUUACAUGGAUAGCUCGUUUUUCUCCUUCAACAAUUAAGUAUCUUCAGGCCUGUAUCAAUCUCAAAAUCCUCUUUCUAGUGCCCCAUUGGUCUUCUUCUUUCUCUUCAGUGACCCCCUCUCCACCCAUAUAUAAAUAUUUCUACCUCCUUCUAUAUGCAUAUGCUCAUAUUUCAGUGUUUCUUCUAUGGUACAAGCUUGUGUUUAUGUCGUGCUAACAGCCAUAAAGUUCUUUGCUGAAUUCCAAGAACAGAGUAUUCAACUGCAUGUGCUGGUAUUCUUCUGGGGGACUUCAAAUUUAUGAUUGGAGCUUAUAUGUGCACAUGAUUCAGAAAUUUGAGCAUGGACUAGCCACACAUGUAGGUAACAGCUCACUUUCAAGCUAAAUAAUUUGUAAUCACUGAAGAAGAUCAGAUACUGAUUCAGUGGAAAUUUCCAUAUUCCUAUGUUACCAAUGUCUAUGUUUCUAUGGAAACCAUGGAUAACAUGCACAGGUAUCUCAGUACUAUUGUCUACCUUAAUGAGAAGUUUGUAUAU